CCACAUAUUUUUUCUGGCUUUAUAUCUCAUUGUUGCACAUCGCAACAAAAAACUUGGUAGGAAGGAAUUUAGAAAUGCCAAGCUUAAGCCCCAACCUAUGUCUUCCUCUUCCUUCUCAUUUUCAUCUCAAAAUUAUGAACUCACCAAACAAUAAGAACAACAAAAAUAUUAACCAAACAUCAUUAUCAUUACAUAAUAAACAAAACAAGUUUAACAGCUUCAACUUCAAGCAACUCAACAAAGCAAUUUCAAACCUCAACUUAACACAAACACAAUCCGCAACUCCAACACAAACCCAUAACAUCUCUCUCCUUCUCAAAUCAUGCAUCCGAACCCAAAACUUACAACUCGGUAAACUCCUACACCGUAAACUCACUGAGUCACAACUCGAACUUAACUCGCUCCUUCUCAACUCACUCAUCACUCUCUACUCAAAAUGUGGAGACCCACAAACCGCACUUUCUAUUUUCCAAAACAUGGACAAAAACAAAAGAAACAUCGUUUCGUAUACUUCAAUGAUUUCUUGUUUCGCAAACAAUGGAAUGGAAUCAAAAGCGCUUCUUUUGUUUCUUGAAUUGCUUCUCAAAGACGGGCUUUACCCAAAUGAAUAUUGCUUCACUGCAUUGAUUCGGUCCUGUUCAAAUUCGAAGUUUUUUGAAAUUGGGUUGGCUUUGUUUGGGUUUGUGUUGAAGACUGGUUACUUUAAUUCUCAUGUUUGUGUUGGUUGUGAAUUGAUUGAUAUGUUUGUUAAAGGUGGUGGUGGCUGUGCUGAUUUGGAAUCUGCACAUAUGGUGUUUGAUAAAAUGCGUGAGAAGAAUGUUGUUACUUGGAAUUUGAUGAUUACUAGGUUAGCCCAAUUUGGUUAUCAUGGGGAUGCUAUUGAUUUGUUUUUGAGUAUGUUAGUAAGUAGUGGUUGUACACCGGAUAGAUUUACGCUAACUAGUAUAAUAUCGGUAUGCGCUGAGAUUCAAUUUUUGUCACUUGGGAAGGAAUUACAUUCUUGGGUUAUUCGGUCUGGAUUGGCUAUGGACUUGUGUGUUGGGUGUAGUUUGGUUGACAUGUAUGCAAAAUGUGGAUUAGUACAAGAUUCUAGGAAAGUGUUUGAUGGUAUGUCGGAUCAUAAUGUGAUGUCGUGGACGGCAAUUAUUGCUGGCUAUGUGCGAGGUGGUGGUGGACAAGAACGAGAAGCUUUGAGAUUGUUUAGUGAUAUGAUGCUUCAAGGUAGUGUUUCACCGAAUUGCUUCACAUUCUCUAGUGUUCUCAAGGCUUGUGCGAGUCUUCCUGAUUUUGUUUUCAGUGAACAGGUUCACGGCCAAACAAUUAAAUUAGACCUUUCUGCAGUUGGUUGUGUAGGAAAUGGUCUUGUGAGUGUGUACGCAAGGUCCGGGAAAAUGGAAUGUGCUUGCAAGUGUUUUGAUGUUUUGUUUGAAAAGAAUUUGAUUUCACGGAAUAUGGUUGUUGAUGACGCAAGUUUGAAAGAUUUAAAUUUGAAUUCUGAACAAGACUUGAACCGCAGAAUUGAAUAUGCGGGUAUUGGAGUUAGUUCCUUUACAUAUGCUAGCCUCUUGAGUGGUGCUGCUUCUAUCGGUAGAAUUGGUAAGGGGGAACAAAUUCAUGCCAUGGUGGUGAAGACAGGUUUUGGGACCAACCAAUGCGCUAAUAAUGCUUUGAUCUCUAUGUAUUCCAAGUGUGGAAACAAAGAAGCUGCUUUACAGGUCUUUAAUGACAUGGAGGAUCGCAACAUCAUAACUUGGACCUCGAUCAUAAAUGGUUUUGCAAAACAUGGUUUUGCUACAAAAGCAUUAGAGUUGUUCUAUGAAAUGCUUGAAACAUGUGUGAAGCCUAAUGAUGUCACAUACAUUGCAGUUUUAUCAGCUUGUAGUCAUGUCGGUUUGAUUGAUGAGGCAUGGAAACACUUCACUUCCAUGCGCAAUAACUGUGGUAUUGUUCCAAGGAUGGAGCAUUAUGCAUGUAUGGUCGAUUUGCUCGGUCGGUCUGGAUUACUUUCAGAAGCCAUUGAAUUUAUUAACUCAAUGCCUUUUGAUGCCGAUGCGUUGGUGUGGCGUACAUUUCUUGGUUCUUGCCGGGUUCAUCGGAACACCGAGCUUGGGGAACAUGCCGCAAAAAUGAUUCUUGAACGUGAACCUCACGAUCCAGCUACCUACAUAUUAUUGUCAAACUUGUACGCAUCAGAAGGUCGGUGGUAUGAUGUAGCAGCCAUUAGAAAAAGAAUGAAACAGAAACAGAUAACAAAAGAAACAGGUUCUAGUUGGAUUGAGGUUGAGAACCAGGUGCACAAAUUCUAUGUCGGGGAUACGUCACACCCCAAAGCACAAAAAAUAUACGAAAAACUCGACGAAUUGGCUGUGAAAAUAAAGAACAUGGGCUAUGUCCCAAAUACAGAUUUUGUUCUUCAUGAUGUGGAGGACGAACAGAAGGAACAAUAUCUAUUUCAACAUAGUGAGAAACUUGCAGUUGCAUUUGCUCUUAUUAGUAGUACACCAAAACCAAAACCUAUAAGAAUAUUUAAGAACCUUCGUGUUUGUGGUGACUGUCAUAUGGCAAUGAAGUACAUAACAAUGGUCACCGGAAGAGAGAUUGUAGUGAGAGAUGCAAACCGGUUUCAUCACAUAAAGGACGGAACAUGCUCUUGCAAUGAUUAUUGGUGAUCCAUAUACAUCCAAUUAGUAUAAACGCGUUGACCUGUAAAUUUUGUAGUUAUUCACAAUCUUGUUGCUUAGACUGUAUAAAUGUUGUGAAUGUAGAAGCUCAGCUUUGAACUCAGAAGCAUUUUUUUUUUUUUUGCAUCGAUGUUGUCAAAAUGCUGAUCCUGGUCUGUGCCAUUCUUCUCUUGAAUUGUUUGACGUGAAGUAAUUCCACAAAA